AUGCAAGAACAACACCUUCAGCACGGCUCUCUGCUUGUCCUCCUCCAACCUCGACGUGGGCUAGACUCGGUCUGCCGGCAUUCAUUCCGUAUGACUGCGGACCGAGGAGAUGCUAAAGGCUCAACUCUCCAGCUCCUCAGCAGCCGAGCCGUUCACCGACGGCCGGUCGGAAUACAGCACCUGCCCAACGAAGUGCUUCAGACAAUCCUCGUCUUCUCACACUCGUCCGCCUUACCCGUCACUUGUCGGCACUUUCGUCAAGCUUUUCACGAUGCGGGAACGCUGGUCAAGGCGCAGUACAUUCUGGGUAGAUGGGAAGACCACUUGAUCGGAUUCAUGAAGGGACAUCCGUGCCGUGCCAAGCACAAAACCUGCAAAAGUCUGACCAACCGUCUCGCCGGACGAGAGCGGCACUCCGAUCUCGCACGCUUGGAGAUCACAGACUGCACCAUCAGCCUGAUCCAAAUCAAUCACCUUGACGUCAUCAGCUUUGCGGCCGAGCUGGGGAUUACCACAGCUGCCAUCUUGACGCGCAUCGUCGAUGUAGUAGCGACGUCUUUGUCACUGUCUCUGGCGAGCUGCGUGCUGCCUCCACACGUACAUUCGCCCGCAGGAACGGCGGAAGCGGUAACGAGCGGUGCAGCGACCGGCUCAAACCUGUCGGCUCCGCAACUACCAAAGAGGCUCUUUCGACGCAUCGACCAGUCCAGCCAUGAAACUCAAUGGUCAAGUACGACAAACGAGACGCCGCAGCCUGCUUCCGAUGAUACUCGAGCCAAGAAGAGACGAAGACGACGCAAAGAGAAUGCAACAGAGACGGAAUCACAGCCAGAAAAAGCUGUAGACAAACCCAAGAUCGGUCAAGCCUGGCUCUCGAGACUGCUCAUCAGCUUGGCUAAAGAACCGGAACCGAAUCCAACCCACCAAGAUCAAUCAGGCAAACGCAAGCACGUCGAGAUUGCCUACAGUACCGACGAGGAGAUCCAAGGCAGAAUCGGGCCAGUCCCAAGCCCAGACGAUGUUGAACUGAUCUUCGGUCUGCUCAUGCAGUACGGCGCGGAUGCUUCUUCACACCAAGGCUAUCCGCUCGCAAUGGCAGUACAUCGCCGAGCUUAUUCUCUGGCACACCUCUUGCUUCUGUUCGGUGCGGAUCCAAACUGCAAAGAAGGUUUGGCAGUGCAGAUCGCCAUCCGCAAUGGAUCGCGUGACAUCCUUCAUCUUCUCGUCACUGGACCGUGUCUCAAUGUCGAUGCUCUGGAAGCGCUUCCGCUGCCCGCCGCACGGCUCGAGCAGAUUGGCUCGCGGCCCUUUAAGCUCGACCAGACCCACCUGCGACUCGCAAUUCAGUGUCGCCAGUGGAACCUCGUCGACUACAUCUGGCACGAGCAAAACAUCUCUCCCGACAUUUCCUGUCUACGCCUCAUCGAUAAGCUUCGUUCUUGA